AUGGUUUCGCAAGUUCAGGCCAUCGAUGGCAUUGAGCUUUUCCCGCCAGAGAGCACAACUGAAGUAAACAAACCAGCUGGCAGUACUAUUGAGGAACUACCCAAGCUCAAGUCUCUGCAUCAAUGGGAUCCAAAUCUUCCACAAGAGAAACUCGAUGAAAUCAGCGAGGCAAUUAACACAGAUGACCAAGAAAAAGCCGCCGAACUUGAUAAGUCCUUUGUGCAGGAUUCGCCUUACGAGACCGUUCGUGCGGCAGUUCGCAACACGGACGGCGAGGAAGUUGCGAAUACCGUACGAGCAUGGAUUUUAGGAAUGAUUUUUACGACGGUCGGCGUUGGACUGAACAUGUUUUUGAGCAUGAGGAGCCCGGCCAUUUCAUUUCCAGCUAUUGUGGUGCAAUUGGUUGUCUACCCAAUCGGUUGCCUAUGGGCUAAAUGGAUGCCAACGAGAAUUUUCAACACUUUUGGACUUCGCUGGACCCUGAAUACCGGCCCCUUUACCAUUAAAGAACAUGCAGUCAUCACGAUUAUGGCCAACGUGUCAAUCGGAUACGCGUAUUGCACAGAUGCCCUGCUGGCGUUGAAAGCAGAGCCCUUGUAUAACCUCGAAAUCACCUGGGGUUUCCAGCUCCUAUUCGCAUUGAGCAGUCAAUUAAUCGGCAUUUCCCUGGCUGGAAUCUUUCGUCGUUUCGUUGUCUGGCCGGCGGCCAUGAUAUGGCCCACGCAAUUUGCAAACACGACCUUGUUCUAUGCUCUCCACGAUAAGAGCUCUUCAGAUCCAUCCAAAACCAAUGGGUGGACUAUUUCGCGUUACAGAUACUUCAUGUAUGUCAUGAGUGGGAUGUUUCUAUGGUACUGGUUUCCGGGUGUCAUCUGGCAAGGGUUGUCUGUCUUUGCCUUUGUAACUUGGAUAAAACCAAAUAAUGUGGUCUUGAAUCAACUAUUUGGCGGGUUCACUGGCCUUUCGCUCAUUCCGCUCACUUUUGAUUGGACUUAUGUGUCCGCCUACCUUCUUGACCCAUUGCUUGCACCAGUCCACGCAUUGGUCAACACCAUGAUCGGACUUGUGGUGUUCUUAAUCCUCGCAACGGUUGGAAUCGCUUAUACGGGAGCUUUGUAUUCCGAAUACCUCCCAAUCAACACAGCCACCACGUAUGACAACAAACAGAAAAUUUAUGAUGUGCAACGCAUUCUAGGGCCAGGCUUCUCAUUUGACGAACAGAAAUAUAAAGCAUACUCACCGAUGUUCUUGGCGCCAACAUUUGCAUUGAACUACGGAUUAUCAUUCGCUGCACUUACAGCAGCCAUCGUUCAUAUUACCCUUUUCCAUCGAAAAGAGAUCUGGCAUCGGUUCAGAGCUGCUCAGAAUCAAGAGCCUGACAUCCAUUUAACACUGAUGAAGAAGUAUAAAGAAGCCCCUGAGUGGUGGUAUGCAGGACUUUUUCUCUUUUCAAUGGCUCUAGGACUGGCUUGUAUUCUGGGUUACGACUCAGAGCUUCCCUGGUGGGGAUUCUUUGUAUCUGUAAUAAUGGCCGUUGUGUGGAUUGUUCCGACUUGCAUGAUUUACGCAAUUAGCAAUAUCGUGCUUUCUCUUAAUGUGUUGUCUCCCUUUUUGGCAGGGUUCAUGAUCCCCGGCAAACCGAUCGGAGUCAUGGUCUUCAAGGUUUUCAGCACAAUCACCCUUGGACAGGCGCAAACAUAUUGUUCAGAUCUCAAGCUGGCGCAUUAUAUGAAACUCCCGCCUCGGGUUACUUUCAUGUGCCAAGUCAUCCCCACAAUAUGGGCGUGUUUUGUUCAGAUUGCUGUCAUGAACUGGGUUCUGGGAAACAUCGAAGGGGUUUGCAAUCCUGAACAAGCAGCACAUUUCACAUGUCCGAAUGGCAGGGCGUUCUUCUCGUCUAGUAUCGUAUGGGGUGUCAUUGGUCCGAAGCGCAUGUUUGGACCCAGUGCAAUAUACGCGCAGAUUCAGUGGUUCUGGCUGCUGGGGGCACUUUUACCGGUGGCAUUCUAUGUUUUGAUGCGAGUCUUCCCCCGGUCUAAAGCUCGCUUCCUCAAUGCUCCAGUUAUGCUAGGUGCAAUGAGUUGGCUUCCUCCUGCCACCCCACUGAGCUACUCUUCCUGGGUCAUUUUUGGUCUCCUCUUCAACUAUUGGAUCCGACGUCGAUGGGGUGGCUGGUGGCAUAACUAUAAUUACAUCACAGCUGCAGGACUUGAUACCGGCCUUGUUCUGUCCACGAUUGUCAUUUUCUUUGCUAUUACGCUUCCUAAUGUCUCUGCUCCGGCAUGGUGGGGUAACAGUGCUCCGUUUGAAACAAUGGAUUACUUGUCCACUGCCCUUCGAAAGACAGUAUCAGGCAAAGAAACUUUUGGUCCAUCAACCUGGUGA